AUGCCACCAAACAAACGAGUCAAGAUUUCCCACGGCGGCCCUCCGCCCAAGGCCAACCGCCAGAAGGAGGCAUCUCCCGCCGAGUCUGUCGAGUCCACGUUCGAGUCGGAGCAGGAGCCGGAGGAAGAUGUCACCGCCAGCAAAGCUGAGAGCGCAAAGACCUUCAAGGACCUCGGCAUUGUCGAUUCUCUUGUUGAAGCCUGCGAUCGGCUCGGCUACACAAACCCUACACCCAUUCAGGCGCAAUCGAUCCCUCAUGCGCUGCAGAAUAGAGACGUCAUUGGAUUGGCCGAGACUGGAAGUGGAAAGACAGCCGCUUUUGCGCUGCCCAUCAUUCAAGCACUCCUCGAUAAGCCCAGCCAUCUGUUCGGUCUUGUCCUCGCGCCCACAAGAGAACUGGCAGCCCAGAUCGCCGCCAGUUUCGAAGCCCUAGGCUCGCUAGUGAACCUUCGAGUCGCAGUCAUUGUCGGUGGGCUGGACAUGGUCGCCCAGGCAAUCGCCUUGGGCAAGAAGCCUCAUAUUGUAGUGGCUACACCUGGACGCUUGGUUGAUCAUCUCGAGAAGACAAAAGGGUUCUCUCUGCGUUCGCUCAAGUACCUGGUCAUGGACGAGGCAGACAGACUGCUAGAUAUGGAUUUUGGACCCAGCAUCGACAAGAUCCUCAAGUUCAUUCCUCGCGAACGUCGAACUUUCCUCUUCUCCGCCACCAUGAGUUCCAAGAUCGAGAGCCUGCAGCGAGCUAGUCUGCGCGACCCCGUGCGUAUCAGCAUCAGCUCCAGCAGCCACCAGACUGUGUCGACCCUCAUCCAAAACUACAUCUUUUGCCCCCACAACAAGAAAGACACAUACCUCGUCUACCUAGUAAACGAAUACUCGGGGAAGAAGAUAGUUCUGUUCACUAGAACAGUCACAGAGACACAAAGACUCGCCAUCCUGCUCCGUACCUUGGGUUUCGGGGCUAUCCCGAUCCAUGGGCAGCUGAACCAGACGGCACGUUUGGGCGCGCUGAACAAAUUCCGGGCAGGCUCUCGCGAUAUUCUCGUCGCCACCGACGUUGCGGCCCGAGGUCUCGACAUCCCUCUAGUUGACGUAGUCAUCAACUUUGACAUCCCGUCUGACAGCAAGACAUACGUCCACAGAGUAGGUCGUACGGCACGUGCGGGAAAAUCCGGCAAGGCCAUUACCAUAAUGACCCAGUACGAUCUUGAGAUUUACCUACGGAUCGAGGCAGCUCUGGGCAAGAAAUUGCCCGAAUACCCGACCCAGAAGGACGAGGUGGAUGUGUUCCAGACGAGAGUCGAGGAAGCUCAAAGAGUCGCCCGUAUAGAGAUGAAGAACAUGAUGGACGCCAAGGGCAAGCGGGGUACGGCCUUCAAGGGCGGCAAAGGUGGCAAGAGGCGUCACGACAACAUGGACGCCGAGGAGGGAUGA